AUGUUACACUAUGAGAACGCACUUUUCACUGUUCAAGUCACAAGAAAACAUUUCUUCAAAGAUAAAAACUAUUCUUUGUAUUUGUUCUCUGACGAACUUGUUAUGACUGAUGUAUGAAGUAGUUCAAGAUUGAUUAGGAUAUCGCCAAAUAACCUAAGUAUAAUCUCAAGAUGAAUCUAACUACUACAAUUAAAUGGAUUCUAGAGGAAAAACGCAUUGUGGGCUUCGAAUUUUCAUAUAAUAAUGGUUUCAAGAUAGUUUAUGGGCCAAAACUCAACUUGUUAAAAGAAAUGAUAGCUGGAAAAAUAUUUUACCAACCAAUUCUUUCUUUCUAUCAAUUUCAAAUGGAAAUGGGAAGUGGCAUGACAGGAUCUGUCUACAGAUGUGUUGCCGCAGACAAUGCUAAUUUAUAUUAUGCCAUCAAAAAGAUCGAUAAAUUGAAAAUUGCUCAACAUGAAGGUGGAAUAGUAAGAAUAUUUAUCAUUAUUAUAUUAUUAGCCUUAAUUAGUUCAUGAACUCUCUCUUUUAUCUUCCCUAUCCCAUCCCAACAUAGUCAAACUCAAAGAAACCUACGCUGACAAUUAAUAUUAUUACAUCAUUAUGGAAUACAUCAACGGCAGAACCCUGUAUUCAGAACUCUCAAGUAGGUAGUAUGGAUUAUCCAUAGCAGAAACCAUCAAAAUCAUGAAGGUAAUACAUUUUAUAAUUAAUUUGUAGGAACUUUUGGAUGCAGUUUCAUAUAUACACGAAAAGGGAGUAAUGCAUAGAGACAUCAAUCCACUCAAUAUCAUGAAGGCAGAAACAGUCAAGUUGAUUGACUUCGGCCUAGCAAGGAAAAUCAAAAACCAAUUGAACUUUCCCACUUCAGGCACUCCUGGCUACAUGGCUCCAGAGAUAAUUAAUUACAAUAAAGACAAACAAUAUGAUGAGAAGGCUGAUAUCUAUAGUCUUGGAUGUCUGCUCUACAAAUUGUAAUAAAAACAUUCAAUAUAAACUAAGAUUAACUGGAGAAAAUCUGUUUAAUACCAAAUCAGCCAAAUAAACCGUGUAUCAAGUCAACAAAGACGGGUAUUACGAAUUGAAGAAGCAACCUUAGCAUCCUGAGGUCAAUUCUAUGAAGAUGGACUAACUCUUUAUCUUAUUGCCUUACAUGCUUGAAAUUGACCCAUCAAAUCGAUUAUCUGCUAAGAUUUGUCUCACUAUCAUUGAAGAGAUUGAUAACAAUAAUCAAAACAUCGACAGACUUAUCAAGAAGAUUCUAGUUAGAAAGUCACUCAACACCACAACUAUCGAAGAAUAAAGGAGCUGUGAACGAAUAUCCAAAGGAAGGAUUGCAAAAUAAUCUAUUGAUGGAAUCUCUAAAAAAAGUCUGGAUGAACUCUCAAUCUUUACAAAAAAAGUUAUGGUUUAAAAUCAAUAAAAAGUCAUUCUCCCUCAUAAAAAGCAAGCUUGA